CUCUCUCUCUCUCAGGGCUUGUGGGAGUUGCAGAGGCUCCAGUUUGCAAAUAUAACAACACAACUCUCUCUCUCUCUCUCUCUCUCUCUCUCUCUCUCUCUCACACACGGCUUGAACUUCUAGUUCUUCAGGAUGUCUGCUGGGUUGUUUGGGAAGCUGAGGGAUCUGCUGUGUUCUCUACUGUCGGGAUGCUCCAUCCUUCAUCUGCUGGGAGUGUGUGUUCUCACACUCGUGGUGGUUCUCGUGGCACGGCUCGCACGGCUGAUUUGGAAGCGUAGAGAACUAAGCUGCUUCGCCUGUCCACCUCAGCGGAACUGGCUCCUUGGACACAUGGGCCUGAUACGGACAGAUGAAGCUGGUAUGCAGGAGGUGGAUGAGCUGGUGAGGGAGUAUCGCCACUCCUGCGCUUGGUUUCUGGGACCCUUUUAUAACAUUGUUCGCCUUUUUCACCCCGACUACAUUAAACCCCUGUUUCUUGCCUCAGCUUCAAUCACAUUUAAAGAUGAGGUGUUCUAUGGAUUAAUGAGACCAUGGCUCGGACAGGGACUUGUUCUGAGUAAUGGUAGGCAGUGGUCUCGUCAGCGGCGUCUCCUCACCCCGGCUUUCCACUUCGACAUCCUCAAAAACUACGUUCACAUAUUUAACCAGUCUGUCAAUAUAAUGCAUGAGAAGUGGCGCCGCCUGCUGGCAGAAGGGAAAGAUGAGAUGGACAUGUUUGAACAUGUGACCUUGAUGACGCUGGACAGUCUGCUGAAAUGUACCUUCAGCUACGACAGCCAGUGUCAGGAAAAGUCCAGUGAAUACAUCACAUCUAUAUUUGAGCUGAGUGAUCUGGUGGUGGAGCGUCAGAGAUUCGUUCCUUAUCACUGGGACUGGGUGUAUAAACGUACUGCGGAGGGACAGCGUUUCUACACAGCCUGCAAGAUCGUCCACGACUUCACCGCCGCUAUCGUACAAGAACGCCGUUCACAACUGCUCAAGAACGGACCUCCAGAGAACAGCACAGAGAACAGCACAGCCAGGGGCAAAAAGAAAACCGUAGACUUUAUAGAUGUUCUGCUUCUGUCGAAGGAUGAGAAUGGAGAAGGCCUGUCCAAUGAGGAGAUCAAAGCACAAGCAGAUACAUUCAUGUUUGCAGGUCAUGAUACGACAGCGAGUGCACUCUCCUGGGUGUUUUAUAAUCUGGCCACGCAUCAGGAAGACCAGGAACGCUGCCGUUCUGAGAUUAACGAUCUACUUAACGGCCGAGAGACAGAGGAAGUGACGUGGGAGGAUCUCAGUAAUCUACCCUUCACUACGAUGUGCAUUAAGGAAAGUCUGAGGCUUCACCCUCCAGUGACCACAGUAACACGCUACUACUCCCAAGAUAUGAGCGUUCCUGGAGGAUGCACUAUACCACAGGGAAAUAUCUGUCUGAUCAGCAUCUAUGGCACCCACCAUAACCCUGAGAUCUGGCCUAAUCCAGAGGUGUUUGAUCCGAUGCGUUUUGAUCCUGAAAACUCAAAGCAGCGUUCCUCCUACGCUUUUGUUCCGUUUUCUGCAGGACCGAGGAACUGUAUUGGUCAGAGUUUUGCUCUGGCGGAGCUGAGGGUGGUUCUGGCGUUGACUCUGAGAAGAUUCAGGAUUCUUCCGGGAUCCAGACGCCCCAAACGUCUUUAUAAACUUAUCAUGAGAACAGAGGACGGGCUGCCCCUAAAACUGGAACCCUUAACAGUAUUUCAGUAGAGAAACACACUGUAGACUGUGUGUGUGUGUGUGUGUUCAAGACAUUUCCUUAUUUCCUUUUUCUUAUUUGUUACAGUAUUUUAUAAUUUUGAAUGUUCAAGAAGAUUUAAUAUUGUCUAAGUUGCAUAAAUGCAUUCUGUAGCCCGUGAUAAAAUACAUCUCUGGGGGGAAAAAAAUAAGAUACCACUUAAAAAUGAUGAGUUUCUUUGAUUCUUUGAUUGAAAACCUCUGGAAUAUAAUCAAGAGGAAGAUGGAUGAUCACAAGCCAUCAAACCACCAAACUGAACUGCUUGAUUUUUUGCACCAGGAGUAAAGCAGCAUAAAGUUAUCCAAAAGCAGUGUGUAAGACUGGUGGAGGAGGAGAACAUGAUGCCAAGAUCCAUGAAAACUGUGAUUAAAAACCAGGGUUAUUCCACCAAAUAUUGAUGAUUUCUGAACUCUUAAAACUUUAUGAAUAUGAACUUUUUUUUUUUUUUGCAUUAUUUGAGGUCUGAAAGCUCUGCAUCUCUUUUUUUGUUAUUUCAGCCAUUUCUCAUUUUCUGUAAAUAAAUGCUCUAAAUGACAAUAUUUUUAUUUGGAAUUUGAGAGAAAUAUUGUCUGUAGUUUAUAGAAUAAAACAACAGCGUUGAUUUUACUCAAACAAAAACCUAUAAAUAGCAAAAUCAGAGAAACUGAUUCAGAAACUGCGGUCUCUUAAAAAAAAUUUUCUCCAGAGCUGUAUACUGUAAAAUAUGGGAAUGGGCAGAUGUUGAUUUUAAAGUGUUCUUUGUAAAGCAAAGUAAACAUCUCAAAAUGUCUCAAAACAUUUUACAUUAUCGUAUUUUUCGUACUAUAAUUUUACUGGAACAGCAAUGUUAUUUUAUUUAGUAUUCUGUUAAUUGUUGGUGGAAAAAAAGUUGGGUUUGUGCACUGCUGUGUAUUCAUGUUUGUAAAACAAGCAGGGGUCAAGAUAGCAAUGAACGUCUGACUGUUGUAUGUUGUAGUUGUCUGUCUAGGCUGCAUUCAGUCAGUGAGUGGUAGACUUGUGUUUUCUGCUGCCAAGAUAGCAAUACACCAGAAAUAUACCUGAACACACCUCAUUUCCAGACCACCACGCCCAUCAGUGUAGAUAUAUUCAGAAGCUCUGUUGCUAUUUAAACAAGGCAGGCCUUAACAGGUGUUGGAGUUCCCAUGCUGUUCCUUUGCAUUUAAAUAAUGCCAUUUUUAGGUUUAAAAGAGAAAUUGUAAAAGCUAAAUGUAGUGUCUGUCUCACUGUCUCACUGUCUCACUCUCCCACAGUCAGUAAAUAUAAGCACACACUGUGGACGUUCUCCUCCGGGAAUCUUCUCAAACCAGGAUCUCAGAGAAGCACAGUUUAAAAUAGCCACAGUUCCUCCUUCUGACCACCAGAGGUCAUGGGAAGCACAGUGCAUGAUGGGUACUGCAGAGGUCACCUCAGGUAGCAGCGCAGAGCUCAGGGUCUGAGGGGAGACUUUAAGAAAUGACGGUCAUUAGAUCUAUAAAAAAAGACCAAAAACGUUAUGAUGGUGAAACUGGCACUCAUCAGGAUCACCCCAGAAAAGGAAGAGAAAGAGUUGCGUCUGUUGUACAUAGAGUUACCAGCCUCAGAAACUGCAUGUGUGAAAUAAACCAGAAUAUGUUUUAUAUAUUUAUUUUAUAUUCUUCAAAGUAACACCUCUUGCUUAGAUUAGACAGUUUUGCACAUCUCUGCUGGAUUUUCUCAGUCAGCUUUAUGAGGUAGAGUCACCUGGAAUUCAGGCUUUUUAGAGGCUUUCAGUUAACAGCUGUGCUGAAUUCAUCAAGAGUUAAUUACUUGAAUUUCUUGACCUAAUUAAUUAAGAAACUUAAAUAAAACCUGUAUGUACACGA